GGCUUUUACCGUGUCUCAGUCCCUGCAACAUGUCGAAUAUUGAGCAAGCCCCUCAGCAAGACUUCGACUUCUGGGAUUAUGUCUCAUGCUCUCGGUGUCACCUCUCUUUCACGCCCGAUAACGGCGGCCCUCCUCCAGUACCGUUCUGGGUGACAGAAUGCGGACACGUUAUUUGUAAUCAUCACUUGAAGACGGAUCAAAGCUGUGCAAAAUGCGGCGAAAGAGAUGUACAAGUCGCGCCUCUACAGCGUGAUAUGGAACCACCGAUGUCCAGCUGGUUUGCCUCUGUGCCGCAAACCCUUGAUACCGUGGCAUUCGCGACGAGGUUUCAAGUUGAGACACUGGCAAGUUUGGUCAGAUAUUACAAGAGGAAAUGCGCACAUCAGCGUGAGCUCAUCGAACGCAUGAAACCCGCUGUUCAAGAGAACAGAGAUUUGAGACGUGCCCUUGAAGAGUUACAGGUGGACCCUUACCAGACGCGAGGACACAUGGAGCCAUCUGAUGUGCUCAAUAGCAAUGGCAAGCGACAGAUGCACCCGAUACAAAGGCAAGCUAGCGGUGUUUAUACGAACUCAAGCCCGCGUUCGGUAACGACCCCUAUGGGUCCAGAUCGUCUCACUCUGCCGCCUACGCACCAGCAGCCGAGUUUUGCACCUCGGCAGCAUCAUUCAGACGAUGGACCACAGCUAUGGCAGCAGCGCGCAAACGAUCGACGAGCCAUGGAUCUUGAGCCUGGCGCAGAGGUCAACCGGCCAAGCUCGCGCCGCCUCACAGAACAGUAUGCCUAUGCCCCGCCACCCGGUCAUCAAGGAAGGCCUAUACCUCCGCAGGCCCUCGCAUACACUCAAACAGAUCCUGUGCGCCAAGCGCAGGGACGACGACAAUCCCAACAAUAUGUGCAGGAUGGGGCGCAUAUACCUACUCGCGUUGACCAAGGAAGGAGCAGUCAGGCUGUUUUCCGUCUAGCUCAGCAGCAAUCAACCGAUCAGUUGCAGAGACGACCCCGAGACGAAGCUAUGCACAUGCCGCCUCCUCCGGUUCCCCGCAGCAUUCUUGAUUCGAGCCGCCAAGGCCACCAUACGCCGCAACGCGGUGGGUUCACACCUCAGCCAGCGACUUCACGCGGCUCUCAGUCGGGUCAGUCCAUUAACCGACAUCCCAGUGCAGCUUCCACAACAAGCAAGCGCGACACGGUAGAUACUGAUCUCCCGAAUUUCCGGGCGGCGACACCUAUGCUACAAACUCAGCCUAUGCUACAAACCCAGCGAUUCAUACCACCAACGCCCUCUGGUCGCCAACGGUUUGCUGCUUCGUCGUCGGCCGCUGACACCGGCUCUUCUGGUGUUCGCUCUGGUUUGGUUAGAUCUGGGAGUACUGCAGGCGCGUCUAACAGUGGUCAGCAACUGCCUUUCGUUCCUGGGGGACAACCUUCUGGAUAGUCGACUGCUCUGUAUUUUCAGUCUCUUGGUACUGCUAUCUCCCAAUGAUAUUCCCGCAGUUCUCAAUAUCACUCGACCCUGCUUCUCUCGGUUGUCCGCUUGGUAAGGCUCGGAGGACGGGCCCUAUCGCGACAUGGUGGUACCGCACGACAUCCGACUUGAGCGCCUCGACGGCAGCACACCCCACUUAUUGGACAGAACAGUAUUAGACCCUGGCAGUGCCGCUUGGUACGGGGAAGAUUCACCGUUUGAUUCAUU